ACAAUUCGGUUCGACCAGAACACGCAUGCGCAGAGGAAACCUACCAUCGCGAAAAUGCCUCUGGCUAAAGACUUCCUCCAUCCCUCCAUUGAACAUGAGAGAAGACAGCAUAAAAAGAAAAGGCUUGUUCAGAGUCCCAACUCAUACUUCAUGGAUGUGAAGUGCCCAGGCUGCUACAAGAUCACUACAAUGUUCAGCCACGCACAGACAGUGGUGCUGUGUGUGGGAUGCUCAACAGUGUUGUGCCAGCCAAAAGGAGGAAAGGCCAGAUUGACAGAAGGUUGCUCUUUCAGGAGGAAGCAACAUUAAAAGUGCCUCACACACGCACUUGUAAUUCAGCCAUGCUUUUCUUAAGUCUUUUACUUCACCAUUGAUUCGUGUUGUGCAUUCGCCAGUGAUAGUUUGUCAUUGUGCGGAUGUUCAGCUUUUAUGAUGAAUUUAUAAGCCUUUUGUUUUUUAAAAUGCAGAAUUGUUAAAAUAAGAUGGCACUAAAAUCAAUAAAGAACGCUGUUGUAAAAGUUGAA